AUGGCAGCUCUGGGAACUAUGUCUGCGACGGGCAGCCUAUCACCACGGCGCUCCUGUACCGUACCCUAUCAGACGAGUGUGUGUAGCAGCAACAGAAAGGGCUCGUCCUACGCCUCCUCUCAUAGCUCCAUGCUGGACCAGGCGCUGCCCAAUGACAUCCUGUUCUCCACCACUCCACCCUAUCACGCCACCCUGCCACCACGCAUGCCAGGACAGGGGGGCUCCAACCUCAGGAAUGAGUUCUGGUUCUCUGACGGCUCGCUGGCUGACAGGUCAAAGUUCAACGACCCUGGUCUCAUGCCCCUCCCUGACUCCGCCUCCGGACUCGACUGGUCACACCUGGUAGACGCUGCACGCACUUUCGAAGACCAGCGGGUGGCGUCUUUCUGCACCAUGACAGACAUGCAGAGGGCCGAGGCGCUCCAAAUCUCAAAGGAACUGACCAGACGCGUGGCUGCAGCUGAGGGGGCCGCCCUAGAGGCAGGGAACAACUCCCCCUCCACUCUGACUGGUAAAGUCAACCAACUGGAGGUGAUCCUGAGACAACUGCAGUAUGACCUCAGAAAGGAGAAGGAGGACAAAAUGUUGCUGCAGGUAGAGGUGCAGCACCUGAGACAAGACAACAUGAGACUACAGGAGGAGAGUCAGACAUCAGCCGCUCAACUCAGGAAGUUUACUGAAUGGUUCUUCCACACUAUCGACAAGAAACCCUGAAACUCUACUGGACUAUUAAUGCCCCUGGGGAACAAUGGAACUCUACUACCCCAGGGCGUAACAGAACUCUGAGGACUACUGCCAUUCUACUGCACUGAGAGAGACCUACUGCCCAAGGAGCAAUGGAACCCUCUACUGC